CUGGGAUGGAGCUCCCGGCAGCGCUUAUUGGCGUCUCCCUCUUGCAGCUCUUGCUGCCAUCUGACGCAUUUGUUAGUUACUCUCCGCAUUCACUCAGAAGGUCACCGUACACAGACACCAAGAUGCGUAGAUCUGCCACUCCCUAUGCGUGAUCCAUGCAUCAAUCAUUCAGGCGGAAUGCAGACACAAAGCGUCGGACUCCCCAUCGAAGCGCCCUUCACGCAUCUGCUGACACACACCCGGUGAUCAAUGGCUCUGAAAAAGGACACAUCAAAGCGAUGAAUGACGGACGGGUGGCCAUGUCUGCAGCCUCCACACGACCCCUAUUGCGAGAGCGGUCCCCUUCUGAGAAACAACAAGGGCGAGCCAUGGGUCGCUCAGCGCAACCGGCCUCGGCGCAACCGCAAGUCGGCUGUGAUCCGGCGGAUGGUGCAGGAGGCCAUCGUGCGACCAUCCAACUUCAUCUACCCCCUCUUCAUCCACGAAGGGGUAAGCACGACAACACAGACAGACAGACAGACAGACAGGCAGCCAAGACAGGCAGGCAGGCAGGAGGGAGGGAGCCAGGCACGUGUGUGUGUGUGGCUCGGUGGUGGUAGGAGUCUGAUGAGGCGAUAGCGUCGAUGCCUGGGUGCAGUCGGCUGAGUGCUGGGUCGGUGCUCAAGGAGGUGGAGGACGCCAUGCAGUAUGGCGUCAAGACAUUCAUCCUCUUCCCGAAGAUCCCCGACCAACUCAAGUCCAACUAUGGUGAGUUUAGCGAGCCCACACGCCCCACAGUGUCAUCCACAGACGCGGACAUCUGUGUUUCGUCCCGUCAGCUGAUGAGUGCUACAAUCCAGAGGGUCUGGUGCCACGCACCGUGCGCGCAAUCAAGGACAAGUUCCCCGAAGCCAUGGUGUGCACUGACAUCGCCCUGGACCCCUACUCGGACCAGGGGCACGACGGAGUGGUCGAGAACGGCCAAAUACUCAACGACCACACCAUUGCACAGCUCUGCAAACAGGUUGGCGAGGCGCACAUUUUGUCAAACAACAAGUUGCCCUCACUUCCCGUCGUCCUUCAGGCAGCGUGCCAGGCCCGCGCCGGCAGUGACGUGGUCGCGCCCAGCGACAUGAUGGACGGCCGUGUGGGCGCCAUCCGGGACGCACUCGACAGCGAGGGUCACAUCACCACCUCCAUCAUGGCCUACACGGCCAAGUACGCGUCGGCCUUCUACGGCCCCUUUCGCGACGCUCUCGACUCGCACCCCGGCUUCGGCGACAAGAAGACCUACCAGCAGGACCCAGCCAACGGGCGGGAGGCACUCAUCGAAACCGCGCUAGACGUGUCUGAGGGCGCGGACAUCCUGAUGGUCAAGCCAGGCAUGCCCUACCUGGAUGUGGUGCUGCGUCUGCGUGCGGCGACCGACCUGCCCGUGGCCGUGUACCACGUGUCUGGCGAGUACGCCAUGCUCAGGGCGGCGAGCGAGCGGGGAUGGCUGGACGAGAAGAAGAGCGUCAUGGAGGCCAUGACGUGCUUCAAGCGGGCGGGGGCCGACAUCAUCCUCACCUACUUUGCCAAGAAUUGCGCGAAGUGGAUUGCGCAGGAUGGGGAGCCAUGCUACUGACUGAUGAGGGAACGAUGAGGGGAGGCCGGCGACAUAGGCAAGACAAACAGACGCGAGUGAUUUUUCAAUGAGCGAGGGGAGGGAGAGAGGAGAAUGAAUGGCAUUCGCAAUGCCAACCGAUAGGUCGGUGUGAUGAGGCGUUUUUGGUGGUUGGUCGGUUGAUCUGUCGAUUUGUCUGUGA